AUGGCGCAACAAGCCCCGAGACGAAGUCUUCAGGGAUUACAGCACCGAUACCAGUCUCACUUUGGUCAAGUCACCGCCGGGAAUAACCUAAGCAACGCGGCCUUGAACGCGUUAUUGGCUAGACUCCAGUGGCAAUACUGCGUGCUUGAGGAAGAGUUGGAAGGAGCACCAUGCGUCUGUGCUGAGAGGCCCGAGACCCCAGAGGUCCCAGAUGUUCGAAUUGCCCCGGAUCUUAUCACUCUUCCGGAGGAGCUUCGAGACAUGAUCUGGUGGCAAGCACUGGCACCCAGCAACGGGAUUGUGCGCAUCGUACCCUAUAACAUAACAGACCCCCAAGACGGGCGAGACAGGCGUAUAGGUGGCCCAAAUUACCACCCUCUGCGCUUCGAGGUGCCUGGGGCAGCUAGAGAGCGGUACAACCGUGAGCGUAUGACUUGGAUGCGUGAGGGGGAGGGGUUCAGCGAAAGGCAUAACCAGUUCAAUCUUCUUCGCGUGAACCCCCAGAUUUACCGCGAAGCCGAUAGCGAGUUCUGGAGAAUGGCCGCGUUACGGGGACUGAUGUUUUCUUUCGGCCCUGAAUUUGUGGAGGUACGCGAUCCGGGGCCCACCGGCUCGUCGGAAUAUGACGGCAUACUUUCUGCGUGGACCUUUUUCAAUACUCUUCUCAGAGACGAUCCGGCAGUUGAUCCAAACUUGCCAGAACGCCGUCGGUACUUGCAGUACAUGCCCGGAGUCGACUACUUACCACUCAUUCGAAAUGCUCACGGGAUUGGAACACCUGUCGCUAGGCUUCUGCGGCUGGCCGCCCGAUACGACUCAGACACCGGUGAGUGA